CCAAAGAUCCUAUAGCAGAUCUAUAAGAUCUUUGCCGGGAACAACACUCGACGCCGCCAAUUUUGUUGGAGCAACUUCGGGGUUUCACUAAUCGGAAAUUGCGCAGAUCGCCAGUAUUUUUUUCACAGCUCGGCAAUCCGGAACUAGCGCAGCGGCGUUGAAGUCUCUUUGUGUAUUUUUUGUCCGAGUGCAUUGAGAAAGGAUGGAAAGAGCAGAUAUAAAGCUGAAAGAGCAGAGGACAGCUUUGGUGAAAGGUCUCAGCAAGGCUGUCAUUGCAGAUCUGGUGGAUGAAAUGCUGGAGGCAAAAGUGAUCAACACCUCUGAAUGUGAAGAAAUUCUCCAAGCAAACGUGACAACCAAAGACAGGGCCAGAUGUCUUAUUGAUAUUGUGUGGAAGAAGGGACAUGGCGCCAGUGAAAAACUAAUUCAGAGUCUGAAUAAUGCAGAUGCUGAGCUAUGCAAAAAUCUGGGCCUUUCCCCAAUGGAAAACAUAGUAUCAUCUGUCCCACCGACUCCACCAGCAGCAGUGAUCCCCAUGACUGCUGAGUGGAUUAAACCAUGUCCACAGCAGCAGUACAAUGAGCUUUCUGACAAGACAAAUGAGGUAUACAUGAUGUUGCCAAAGCAGAAGAGGAAGCGUCUUGCUCUAAUGAUUACCAACAUUAAGUUUGAGGAUCCUGAAAUGACAAGGAGUGGUGCAGAGGUGGAUGAAGUUCAAAUGCUGAAACUGCUGAAUGGCUUUGGGUAUGAAGUCGAAAAACACAAUAAUCUACCAGCAGAGGAUAUGAAGAAUGCAUUGGUUGCAUUUUCAAAUCGAGAGGAACACAUGCAGUCUGACAGCACCUUUGUGGUUCUAAUGUCCCAUGGACUCCGAGAUAAAAUCUGUGGAAGUCUUCACAGUAAGAGCAAGGAAGACCUAUUUCACAUCGACAAAGUCUUCGAUAUUUUAAACAACAAGAACUGCAAAGGACUGAGAGAAAAACCAAAGGUUGUCAUCAUUCAGGCUUGCCGUGGAAGCAGUACCGGUCAGGUGUAUGUCAGUGAUUCAGCAGAUCCCAACCCCAACGCUGAUUAUGAAGAAGAAGGUAUUUUAUACAAACUGCACAAGGAAAGUGAUUUUAUCUGUUUCUGUUCCUCCACCCCAGAUUGCGUGGCCCUUAGAGAUGUUGAGAAGGGAAGCAUAUUCAUCCAGAAAUUGAUUGACAAAUUGAGAGAAAAUGCAUGUAAAGAUCAUAUUGAGGAGCUCUUCAGGCAGGUGCAACAGUCUUUCCAGAAUUUUCACAGACAAUUGCCUGCGAAGGAGAGGGCGACACUGAUGAAGAAAUUUUACUUAUUUCCUGGCUUUUAACACUUUGUUUCUGAAGUGAUCCUCAGUGCACAAGCCAGAUAUUCAGCGGCAGGCAGCCUUUUAUAGAUAUCAAAGUUCAGCUCAGUUUCAUACAUUGGAAUUUUUUUUAAAGUGUUCAUAGACUGGAGGGUUGAAAGGAUGAUGGGAGGUUAUACUUGACCCAACAAGUGGAAAUGUUUGAGUGGCCCCAAUGCUUGUUUGCACCUGCUCAUUACUAAAGUAAUUGAGGUUAUUAAUUUGCUUUACUCAAUUACCUAUUGCAUAUGUUCUAUAUGUUUCUUGUUGGUUUGUGUUUGAUGCAUACUAGGAACAAUUUACAAUUUUACCAACGCCAAUUAAUGUACAUUCCUGUACGUCAUUGGAGUGUGGGAGGAAACCUGGAGCACCCAGAGAAAACCCACGUAGUCACAGGGAAAACGUACAAACUCCAUACCGAUAGCACCUGUAGUCAGGAUCAAACUCUGGUCUCUGGCGCUGUAAGGCAGCAGCUAUACCACUGCGUCACUGUGCCACCCAUCCACACCACUGUGCCAUCUCAUCAUUCUUGAUGUCCCAGCCAAAGGAAAUUGAUUCAACUAACAAAUUAGCAUUUUAAACCUCAAUUAUUUCAUCCCGCAGCUCCUGUAUUCAUGGGAUACAAGUCAAUAGACAAUAGGCGCAGGAGUAGGCUAUUCGGCCCUUUGAGCCAGCACCGCCAUUCAAUGUGAUCAUGGCUGAUCAUCCCGAAUCAGUACCCCAUUCCUGCCUUCUCCCCAUAUCCCCUGACUCUACUAUUUUUAAGAGCCCUAUCUAGCUCUCUCUUGAAAGCAUCCAGAGAACCUGCCUCCACCACCCUCUGACGCAGAGAAUUCCAUAGACUCACCACUCUCUGUAAGAAAAAGUGUUUCCUCGUCUCCGUUCUAAAUGGCUUACUCCUUAUUCUUAAACUGUGGCCCCUGGUUCUGCCCCAACAUCGGGAAGUCAGUUCAUGCAACUUAUCUUCACCAUUGAACUUCCUAAAUAAUUCUGGUGUUGUGCAUCACAUCAUCUCCGGGGUCUACUUAUUUCCUCCUGAGGUGCCUUGUCCAAAACUGAAUGUUACACUCUAAAUGAGAUCAAAGUAGGUCUCUGUUCAAUGUCUGUAUAAAGAGUAACAGUAACAAACCUGGAGAAAGUCUGAAGAACGGUCCUGACCCUAAAGGUAACCUAUCCAUGUUCUCCAGAGAUGCUGCCUGACCUGCUGAGUUACUCCGGCACUUUGUGUUCUUUUCUGGGGCCAGUCUUCCCUAUUUUCUGGCGAUGAUAUAUCCACAACGGAAUAGUCGCCUUGAAAUUACUCAGUUCUCAAAGUUUAUUCUGCGAGCUUCAUGUGAACAAGGAAUUUCACUGCACAUUGGUGUGGAUAUGACAAUAAACUAAUCUGAAUCUGAAUUUUAGUCAAUGUAAGGGGUUCAAUACCAGUGUUCGCCAGAAGAGGGCAGUGACUGCUCAGACUUUGCAAGCCUGUCUUCCAUUGCCUGAUUGUUGAGGUGAGUCAGCGAUUUGCAUCAUUGCCCUGUGCUGAAAGCUGGUGCUUUCCCAUUUCUCAGUAAGACUGUCAUUCAGUUACUAACAUUCAACUGGAAAUACCCAAAAUCAACAGAGGCGGCAUGUAGCCUUAUCAUAUGUUGAAAAACCCUCUGUAAAUGUUGUGGUUAAAUCAAUCAGUUUGGCUGAUAUUUAAUUGCUUAUGAAAGCAGUUCCAUAUCAGCAAAAGCAAAUUGAUUUAACCUCAAUAUGUGCAUUAUUUAGAUUGUUUCAUUGUUAAUGGCAUUAAAAGACUCAGGAAUCAACGUGUAUUAUUUUUGGACAAUAAAAGAUGUUUCUUCUUAAA